GGCCAACGUACGUCGCUAUCUCCAAGCAGGCGCAACAUCCUCAAGCUCUUUCCCGCGAGCAUGCACAGAGCCUUUGCCAGGGCGAGGUCGCCCUGUUCUCUGACUUGCGGAUAUGAUCUGGCUCGGGUCUGGCUACUACCAGUACCGUUCCGUGUGCGGUGGACGCCAUUUUAACCAAUCCGACGACGUUGAACCAGAUGGGUGUAGUCUGAUUGGCUGAAAUACAUUAGCGUGGCCCGAGAGGUUGCGGCCUAUUUUUGCGAAAUCUUCGGCUUCGAUGGACCCUUGCGUGGACGCCGCCCAGCCAUGGAGCUUCGUGUCGAUGAACAUGAGCCUCCUGCCCAUCGCGCGGCCGCUGCCCGUGCACACGGCAAGCCCGCGAAGGGCCUCGGACAAGCCGCGCACGCCAAGCCAUCAGUCGGUCGACAAGGCUGUGAGCAUCAGCCCGCGACGCCAGGCCGGCCAUGCGUCGCAGAGCCUGCGCGAGCGCGUGCUGCGCCGCGACAAGGUGCGCAAGCGCGAGCGCGACGCUGUCGACGAGGCCAUGGACGGCAGCGGCAGCGAAAGCGACGUGCCCGCGCCGCCCGUCGUCCGCGUCAAGCGCAUCCUCGAGAUCCUCGACGAAGACCGCAGCGUCCCGGACGACGUCAUGCACGCCGUGUCGCCGCGCAGCGCCAAGAAGGUGCGGCUCACGUAGCCUCAUUAGCUCUAGUCUCCUUAUUCUAUGCCAUCAAUACUGGCCUGCGCACAGUUCUACGACUAUACAUGUCGCCUCUCAAUAGCAAGCUGCAGGUACCAGCAUCCCAA